UCGAAGCAACUUUUUUUUAAACAUUUUAAUAUAAAUGACAGCUACUGUUUUGUUUUUGUAAUAAUGUCGAACCUGAAAGAUAUUUGCGGUGGGGGGCAGGAACCAAAAUGGAGGUCAGAAGUGGACAUCGACAAGCUACCGGAACAUAAAAUGAUCAGCUCCCAGGAAUGCAUGCAGCUGAAACGUGAUCUGGAAUCCGAUGGUCAAGAUGACUUCGAAGUUAGUCCCAUGAUCCUUUGCCUGAUGCUAACCCUUUUUCUUUUCGUAAUCGGCUUCUGGAUAUGGUUGAUCUCCAAGAGCUGUCUCUUUGCCCAACCCGAUGAGGUUAGAAAAAAGAGAAACCCAAAGCGGCGGCUUUCAGGAGGUUCCUAUGGAGGUCCCAGCCAAGGCAUUCCAAGGGCAAACUACUGUAACUUAAUGGAAUUGCCCACCACAUCGCCAUCUUGCACAGAACAAGCCGCAGAACUGGUGUCAGAAGCUGUUACGGAAGCUAAAAGUGGAUCAUCAAUGCUUAGAGCCACCGAUUCUUCCCCAAACCAAAGCUGUCCAAGACUCUCAACGAUAAUGGAUAGAAAUGAAUUGGAUGUGCCCACAACUCGAGCUGAGGUUGGAUCACCACUAAUCUACGGCAGUACGCCUUCAAAUUUCGGGAGGGAAGACACAGAGCCCAAAAGAAAAUACAGUAUAAAGUGGACCAAUUUUUUAAGGCGAGGACGAAGGGAUCACUGCGAUACCCAAAGCCCACAGUGAUGCCUUAUUGAUAGAAAACGCCUACACAUUUAGUUGUUUUUUUUUUUUAAACAAAUCUAGUUAAAAGAAGAAUUGUUUUGCACUUAUCAAAAAUUGUACA